GUGUGCGGAGACAUUGCAAAAUCGCUGCACUUCGGCGGCCUCUCAUGUGACUCGUGCAAGGCGUUCUUCCGACGCUCUGUCCAGAAUGACGCCUACAAGCACUUCCGCUGUGGGGGGGACCAGAAGUGCGCCAUCUCCAUUGCUUCAAGGAAGUUUUGUAAAUAUUGCAGGUUUGCAAAGUGUGAGAGCAUCGGUAUGACAAAGUCAUGGGUAAUGAGCGAAGACGAGAGACUACAGCUGAUGAAGACACGCCUCACCAAACGGAUGAUGUACCAGCAGGGUGGCUCAACUGGUGGCUCAGGUGGUGGGGGCAGUGUAGGUGGUGCUGGGGGUGGUGGAAGGGCAUGCAGUACAGCAUCCAGUGGUGUCAUGAAGGAUGCCUCCUCGCCCUACCACACCAAUUCCUCCUCCAAAACACAGGUGUCACGCUACCAACACAACACGAAUCCCUCACCCACUUACCACCCGCCCACACGCCAGGUGGACCUUGGCUCCUCUGGGUCCUCUCCAAACAGCUCUCCGCCCACACCCGUCUCAGGACCCCUCACACCCAUACAGUACGGGCCAAUCCCACCCAAGGUGAUGCAGCAAGGUGGCACCAAGGAAGAGAGUCCUGACAGGGUCAUUGGCAGAGGCAUCAAGAGGGAAAGUGAUGAUGAGGAAAUGAGGGUGGAGCGAGUGUUCAACCCAGCAUCGCAGUACCUGAAUGAGAGUGAGGUCGAUAUGCUAACCCGUGUGAUCAGCAACAUCAAGCUGGUUGACCAGCAGCUGCCCUACACCAAAAACGCCCCAGCUGACGUUAUGUCCAUCUACAAGCGCUUUGCUGAGAGAUUGACACGGUUCCUCAGGCAGUUCCCAGAGUUCAACAACCUCACACCCAUGGUCCAGGGAAUGGCCAUCAAGAAAAAUAUCACGGUCAUUGCAUUAGUGUUUGCCUCCAGCUUCAUCAACGAGGAGACUGGCAGCUACAACAAUAUCCACUCUCCAGCUCAGCCAAUGGUUACUAACAUGAACAUGAUUCAGAAAGCAAUGUCCCCUGAAGUUUUCAGCAAGUUCAGAGAGAUCCUAGGCUCCCUCCGACAGUACAAUGUGGAUUCCCGCAUGGCUUAUCUCCUGGUCCUUAUCAUUGUGUUUAACUGUGAUGGCCAGGAUUCCACAAGAGAGAAUUUUCAGCGGAUUCUGCAGCAGUAUAUUUUGUGGAAGUUUGGGGAAGUAUCAGGGAAGCCUUUGUUUGAGGGGUUGAUGCGAACCUUACAGGCUGUCAGACGCCACUCGGAGCUGUUUGAGAACAUGUCUGUCCAGCGCCGGAAUCUGAUGUGUGCAAACAUGCAGAACAAUAUAAGGCCACAAAUCACUGCUGGGCAUAUCAGUCAGUGCCGCCAGGACCUCAACCUCACUGAUUUGGAUGUGAAGCAUAAAGUUGACUCACUGACAGGAGAGCAGAUAAGACAGAUGUUAAAUGGAAUGGACAUUGAGCAGAUGAAACAGAUGCUGCAAGGCAAUGGAUUGGAACAGAUGAAGCAGAUGUUGCAGAACAUGGAGGCUGAUCCUUCACUGACAGAUAUGGUUGCAGAAGGCAACAACCCUUUAGUCCACUCACCACCGUUGCACUGCAACUCCCCCCAGAGCAUGGUCCAGUCCCCACACAGCUUACUCCAGUCCCCACACCCCAUGCUCCCCUCACCACACAGCAUGAUGCAAUCUCCCCAGAGCAUGAUGCAGUCACCACACAGCAUGAUGGACUCUCCUCACAGUAUGAUUCAGUCUUCGUCUCCAGGCAUGAUGCAGCCCUCCAACAUGAACCAAGGUGUUCCCACUAUGCUGGACAUUUCCCACAACCUGAGCCAAAGCCCAAAUGCUACUGUGUCUCAGAUCAUCAAGAGUUCAACCAAUCUACUUAAUAACUACCAGGAUAUGAAGCCUCCAGUGUCCUUCAUGAAUUCCCCACAGUCACUUGAGUUGUCCCAGAGUCCCAUUGAGCUGCCAAGUCCUUCGUCACACUCUAUGAAUCUGGCUCCUUCACCUGCUCCUUACAUCCCAAACCAAGAAAGCUACAUUGUUGAGCAUCACCCAACAGAGCCUUCAUACCCAGACCACUGCCAGUCUCCUAUUGGUGACCCGGGAUACCUCAACCCACCCUCAUAUACCCAGACGCCAUACAGCCCUGCUCCGCUCUCAGACCAGUACAGCAACACGUAUCAGCCCUUGUUCUCCCCCCUGCCAUACAAGGAUGAUGGCCAGAGUAUCAGCAGUGGCAGUACUGCCAGCAGUAGUGGGGUUGGACUGAGCCUCACCUCAAGUCUGACAUCGCCCAUCUCGUCCCUCCUGACAUCCCCGACCCCCUCCCAUUCCUCGCUCCAGGAGUCGGAUAAUAGCUUGUCAAACUACCAAGAGCCUGAACAUGGUAACUCUCUCGGAGCUGCUCCUUAACUCCAAGGUGUUUAGAAACUUCAUAUGUGACCAUCAUAUGUGUAUUCCAAGCGAGUUCCUGCUAUAGGUUCCGGCUGUAGAGAUCAUUACUAGAUAAUGUUAAUUGUUGUAGCUUAGAGCCAAUGUGACAUUUAUCAUAGAGUGACCUCAUCUCGCAUACUGCCCAAAUCCUCGCUCUAGAAGUUUCAUGUGCAAAAUUCUUAUUUUUGAUGUCAAAAGGCAAAAAGAAUAAACUGAUCAUAAUUGCUGUGAAACAAAGUAGGAAUUUGCAUAUAAUGUUUCUAAGUGACAAUGAUUUGUACAAUAACCUUCCAAGUCCGGCCAUAAACUCACAACUGAAGUAUAUUGCAAAGAACUUGCAAAUAUGUACAGGUUCUCAUGUCUCAAGACAUUUGAGUUGAUGCUCCCAACUACCUACUUGUCUUCUACCUCACUCAACAGGUUACAUGAUUACAGAAAGUGUUAAUAUUCCGAUGAUUUCCUUGUUAUCGGUGUAGCUGUUUCCAGUCAAUACAGUGAAUGUGCUGAGCUUACCACUGCUGGGAUAUUUAGAUUAGUUGAAGUUCUGCUCAGCUCUAUAUACUUGCUCUGAAGAGAAAUAUUGCUAGCCUGGACACACAUCCUUGUGAGAAGUUGAAGUUUUGGCCACAGUCAUGUUGGGGUUUGGGAUCCAUGAUUGUUUAUAGAGUUUGACUUUCCCUUUCAUGAACUCUGUGAGGAGUUGAAACCUCUGUACAGUAAAAAGUUGUGUAAUAUGGACCAAUGCCACUGCAACAAGUGGUCUUGGUAGUGGAAUAUAGCUGUUGCAGGAUUUCUUUUUUUUGUAAAUAGUAUAUGCAAAUUAGACUGCAACAUUUUCAUGUAUGGCUGGAUCAGCCAUAUAGCAGCUGAAAGUGCAAGUUAAAGUAAUGAAUUUCUUGUCAAUUUUGAAGCUGCUCUGUUACGUUUGAGCACUGUUGUAUAUUGUGCUGGCAGACAAUGGUUAGCUGGGGACAGCAUGUGGAUGGAAAAUGAGAGAUGGACCUUGCUAACAUUUUUUUAUCGAUUGGCAGAAAACUUAAACUGUGAUAUAACUAUAUAUAUAUAUAUAUUUACAUUAAAAACAUAACUAAAAAUAAAACAAAGUACAUCAAAUUAUGUGUAUCCCUGCUAUUGAUUUUUUGCCCAUGUCUAAAGGAAGACAGGACAGGUAAUCCGAUUUGCCUUGGAUGAUCCUUGUGACGUCAUAGGUGGUCAGUGACAUAAAAUAAGAGUUUAAGACCAAUCAUGACGUGAUAUGGAUAACCCUAAGAAAGAUAGAUGAUGUCCUCAUAAAACAGUAAUGACAAUUAUACUAAGGAAAUAAUCAUAGGAAAAAAAUGAUAUACUAUGAAUGAAGGAAUAGAUGUGGAGAAAUCAGAAAGGUAUCCAAACAUGGACAUUGACUUGUGAAAGGUUGUCAGCCAUACACCUACGUGCUGCCACACACAGAACAGCUUCUCAAGAUGGGAACGUCGUAGCCCCAUGUGGUCAGUACAGUUUUCUCGGGGAUUCAGGCACAAUUAUAAACUUUGUACUCGCUUCAUCACAUUUUUUGUGAUUAUGGGGCAUUUUGUAUGCAUUUUUAUCAUUUUUUAUAUGCUGUACAGUGUUUAUAAAUAUUAAUUGUGGCUAUCAUUGCUCAAGUUUUUACUGUAAUGGAGAGUACUCUAGCUUUAUAGACAAGAAGUAUUUAUGAGAUUUUUUUUUUUGCAUGGUUAGUUUAUCUUCGACCAAAAGAAGAGAAAACACCCAAGCGAGCCCCAAGUGGUAUAGAAAUGAGGUGAAAAAAGAUAUAUAACUUCUGAAAGGAGUUGCAGCAGGGUUUUUAUAAGGUAUUUAAUGAAAUCAGCAUUGGGGAGAGGUUUCUGUGGCUAAAAUUUCAGCUUGAGUUGUCCAACCACACUAGCAAAAAAAAAUACAUAAAUAAAACAAAAUAAAAAUAUAGAAAAACAUUUUUUACUCACUAGUUUUCUGUUCACAAGGACAAGGAUAAUGAGGGGGCAGCCAUUGAGAAGGCCAUUGGUCUAGACACGCGAAAAGAAAAGGAAAAAAGGCCGAGAGGGGAGAACAUGUUCCAACCCUUCUUCGUCCCAGCAAGACUUGCGAAGACAAAUGCAGGCCUUUGAAGAGCAUUGAAGCAGAUUUUAGCCCUGGAAAACAAAGAAAUAAACAAACCCAUUUAAGGAAAAGAAAAGAGUAGAAAAUCAAACUCUAAAAGAGAGAAAUAAAAGCUAAAAAUAAACAACAGCAACAUAAUUAGAAAUAGAUUGCUCAUCAGCACUACAUUCAAGGAAUGUGUGGAAUGGUAAAAUGACUUGUACUCUCUCUCUCUCUUUCUCUCGCCAGGUCACUGCAAGUAUUGUGAGAUUAGUAAUGAUACAAUAUCCCUUAGUGUAUUUGGGUCUGCUAUUUCGUUUAAAAAGGAAACAGACUUCAGAUAUGGUGCCAAGAGCCACUCUUUCACCGACACCCAGUCUCCAAGGCUUGUUGCUUGUCUCAGUGAGAUUAUCACCAAUUUUCUCCUUGUCCCUAUGUGAAGCAGCAGAUGCACUGUAACAGCAGCAGAAUUGCUCAUUUCACCAGCAAGAGCAAAUGAGCUUUGAGAAGGGAUGUGCAGUAGUCACCCCUCAGACACCGAAACUGAAUGGAAGGGAAGUGUCGUCUCUCUGGAGCUGAGUCAGCCAACUUGCCUGGGUUUUGGGCCGAGUCAGGAUUGUGUGCAUGCUGGCAAGGCCUUGGGCAGAUGCGAACAGUACCAUGUGACAGGCUUGUUGUUCGUGUACAGUGUCUUGUGUUGAAUGCAACAUACUGAAUAGAUAAACCCUGCAUGUGAAUGGUUAGGAACAGUAGUCCAUCAGUCAGAAAGUAUCUAAAAUAAACUAGAAUGGUUAAGAAAUCCAAUUGUCUGAUGUAAUGACAAAGGCACGAUAAUGUUUCCCAGUUAAACUAUGUGGAUCGCUUGCAAAGGCAAGAAUAAAGCAUAAUAAUGUGUAUUAUUAUUACAUCGGCAUGUAUUUUGUUGGACUACUAUAUAUAAAUAUAUAUACAUAUAUCUAUUUUUUGCUGCGUGCAUUUGUUGUAUGUACAUUAUGAGCCACAGUGAUAGGCUUCCAUGGCAUUUUGAAAGACAGACUUAAAAAACCUACUUGUAUGUAAAUAUCAUAUAUAUUAGAAUUACAGUUUUAAUUGUCCACCUGGCCUGAGUCGUAAAGUAAAAAAAAAAAAGAAAGGGCCAGUCUAAAAUCUCACAUGAAGUAAAACUGUUCUGGUCCAACAGUGGAGUUGGAAGAUAAACUUAGGUUUAAAAAAGUCAUGUGAUACUGUCAAAAUUCCAGUUUUUCCAGUGCCAAGGAAAUCUAGCAAUGUGUAUCCAAUCUUGUGAUUAGAGUAGUUCACCAAAUUUAAGGUUUUAAGUCCUGUGGCUCACAGCAUAUGUAUGCAGUGCUGUUGUGCAACUUGAGCUCCAUGGGAUACAGAAAAAAGAUGUAUAUGUUAUAUAUAUAUUUUCAAAAUUGGUGAAUUAACCUACAUCAUUGAGGUGUCUUGUUCCCUCCUUGUUAUUGAUCUACAGAAUGUGCUCAAUUAGGCUAACUGCUGUUGUCCUGCUGCCCUCAAGCACGCACAUCUUGGGACAUGUUUCCCCUGAUGUCACUGCCGGAGGGGAGACUAUGGUAACCCAAAUUCUUCAUAGGUCAAACUGGUCUCAUUACUAUAAUUAAUAUUAUUUUUCACGCAUGUCUUGCAACAUUUAAAAAAACAAAAAGCUACAACUUUCUGCAACAUAAAUCAUAUUCAGUGCUUUGAUAAAAGCUAAUAUUUUUUUGUCUUGUUAUAUAUAGGACAAUAAACUUUUUAAGUCGUGUCUGCAGCUUACGUGGCCUGAUCAUUUGCUGGUUGGAAAAGUGGAAUGCUAUACCAAAAGCGGUAACCUCUAUCACUUCCCGAAGCAGGCACUGAAGACAUACAUAGGAAAUGUGAUUGAUGCCCAUCUCUCCUGUGACAGGGACUCGUGAUGGAGACACACAAAAAAAUGUAUGAUCAGGGGAUGUAAGAAGCUGGUUAAGUGGUAGAACUCAAUUACAGAUUCAUAAGGAUCUAUUUUGAAAUUUUCUUUUUUUUAUUCAUUUGUAAUCAUGUUUAAUUUUUUGAUGGUUUCAUUUCUCAUGUAUAGCCAUGAUUAUAAGAUAAUGGCUCUAAAAAAAAAGAAUAAGAUUAGAUUUGUUUUUUGAUGUAAGGAUUGUCUUUAAAAAAGGAAUGCACACAGCCAUGGCUACGAAACAUCGAAUAAGAUUCUUAGUAGAAGUAGGAUGAAAACAUGAUACAUGUUUUCGUUGCCUGAGAUUGUAUGCAUUUGUGUGGUCUAUUUUUGGACCAACUAGGCAGUUUGAACAGGUACAGGGACUGUACAAGUUCAAAUAUUUACUGUGAUUGUUGGGUAAGUGUUUUACAAGGGUGUGUUGGAAUAAAACAAGGGAAGAAAAUAAGAGGAAAAAGGAAAUAAUAAUUUGAUAAAGGGAGCAACUUGACUCACACUAACUAGGUAGGCAUGUAGUUACUGCAAGUGCCUGGCUGGUUGGUAUGUGGAAGGAACUGCACAUUCAAAUAGUUCUCCAAUCACACCCUGAAAGUAUUGUUACUAGCUGAGUAAGUCUGAAUGAGCACUGUGAUUCACCAGGUGAAGGUCAUGCAAGCAGAGUGUUCCUGCUUGCACCAUGUAGCUAAAAGCAUGCCUAGUGAGCAGUCCACGAGAACAAGAGUAAGGAUUAUUGAGAUGCUGUUACCUUCCCCUCUCCCAAAGAUACAAUGAACCUUGUCCGAGGUUUUGAAAUGGCACUUGAAGGCUGGCAUGAAAGGUAUAUAUAUUAAACAAAAAAUACAAAAAAAAAAAAAAAAAAUAAAAA